AUGGCCCCUCUUCGAGCGAAGAACCGAGAUAAUCUCGAGUUUGCGACGAACUUGCCAGACAAGGAGGAGCGGAAGCGAGUGAGGAGGCUGCGCGUGGAGAGGCAGAUCGCCGCCCAGGACAAGGAUGGCUUGGACACGUCAAAGAACGACGAUGAGACUGCGGCGUGUAGCCUCAGUCAGCAGCAGGUGCUUGACAUUGACAACUGCGGAUGCAUUUGCAUGGUGGCGGACUCUCUUGGGCACUUGGACAAGAAAAAAGGUAGAGGCAUCGACGCCGUCACGGCCGUUCGUGUGUCUGCAGAUGACCGAGAAACGCAACGACGGAUGGCGGAGGAGCACGCACGACAGGAGAGGCUUCAGCGACUGCAGGAAGAAGCAGUGCGCAGCGGGAAGCAGAACGCAGCGGUGGAGAUGCGUUGGGCCGAGUUAUUGGACGAAAACAUGCCGCAGGAACUGCACAAAAGCAUCGAGGAGCAGAAGGCCGCUUGCGCUGAGAUAGUCGCCUCUAAGGAUGCGCUGGUAAACGACUUCCAGGUGCAGCUCAAGGUUAAGGACGAGGAGUACGUCAAGGCCCUCAAGCAGCAAGCGGAGGACGUGGAGGAGCUUCUAGAGCGUAUGCGGACAGAAUUCAGGGAGCUACAGGAAGAGUACGAGGUGGAGCUGGAUGCGGUCGAAGAAGUGUUUUUGCAGGAGAGAGAAGGGCUGCUCGCAGCGAACAAGGCGGAAGUGGACGGCCUGUUCGAGAAACGAAGGGAAAUGGAGCUCUCUUACAUGGAGAGCAAGCAGAAGAGGCAGGAGCAGUACCAGGCAGAGAUUGAGGCACUCCUCACGAGGGACGGGGAGGAACACACCAAGCUCAAGAUCAAGCUGGAAACCGACAUUCAGACUCUCGAGCAGCAGCUGGAGGAGAUGCGGGCCACGUACCAGCUCAACACCGAGAAGCUCGAGUACAACUACCGCGUUCUCACGGAGAGGGACAUGGAGAACAGCGCCACUCUCUCCCACCAGAAGCGCAAGCUCACGAAGCUCAAAGACGCCCUCUCGGGGCUCGUGCAGCGCUACCAAGAGACCGACACCCGGGAUAAGAAGCGAAACGAGGAGCUGACGGAGGAGUUCCGCCGCAUCACGAAGCAGUACAACGACAUGCAGGCAAAGUUCCGGCACUUCGAGAUCUCGGACAACAAUCGAUACGAGCAGGUGUGGUCCAUGCACCGCGAGGAGGUGCUAGAGGCCAUCAAUAAGGUCCUACAGGCGGACGAGAUCAUCCACCAGCAGCAGCUAGGCUGGGAAUGGAAACCCCCCAACAUGGACCUACUGGCCCAGCUCGACGUUAACAGCGUCGCUGCCGCCAAGGCCGGGGGGGGUGUCGGGGUAGUAGGGGGGGUGGGGGGCGGAGGAGGAGGAGGCGGCUGCCAAUCAGCGAGCGCGGUCGUCGCGCAGGCGGGGGGGGCGGGAGACGGGGAGGGGGAAGAUGAGAAUGAUCCCAACCGGCCGGGUCAAGUGGUAGCGAAGGUCUCGGGGACGCGGGUGAAGGCAGUGCUGCGGCUUCUCUCGCAAGAGGCGGGGUUUCUAGUCGACCCAGGCGUUAAGGACGCACUAGAUGCCAUGACAACCGACGAAGCCCAGUUAGUGUCGGCAGUCAGCAUGCUCAAGGCUCUCGGGGUAGAGGAGCAAUCGGACAUCGAGGAACUGAUGCGGUACUUCUUCGGCUCUGACGUGGCUGAGCCAGACGCUGAGGACAUACCGUCGAUGGCCACGUUCAGAGCCCUCGGGCUAGACCCCGACAGAGAGCCAGAUGCCCUCAAGGUGCUCCUGACAAUUAUCCAGCCCGACAACGUGGUAAGCGCGAUCCACAACUUCGUCAAGGACCGGAAGGAGGCCCGCCUGCUAGACCAGACUAGAACAAAGAGUCUAAGCUUAGAUGACGGGGGCGGGGGCGGGGGCGACGCGGCUGGGAAAGUCCGGAGGCAGAGGGAGAAGGUCAUCCGACAGAGGGAGAGGGACUACUGGAAUACCAUUGGGGGGGUGAUCGGCGAAGAAGCGUGGCAGCAAGAAAACACGAGGCUGAAGGAGAUGCUGCGGUCGUACCUCGGAUCGGCGGUUAACGACGACCUCAUCAUUCCACCCACAAGGACGAUACAAAUAGGCGCCCCCUACUAG